CGAUGUGUGCACCUACUCGAGUACUCGUACCUACCUAGGAGUAUGGGACGGGCCGGCCGCCUCGCGCGGAAUCGAAAAGCGAAAUCUCUGCCGUGCCUGGUGGUGGUGGUGGUGGUGAUGACGAAUAGCAGGCACGUCAUUGGGUCGUGAUGACUACUCUACUAGAUGCUAAUGUUUGCUGGCGGCGGCGGCGGUGGCGGUGUGCGGCUGUUGCGGCUCUGUUUGUCUUUGUCUUGUUCUUGUCCUUCUUCUUCUUCUUCUUUUCUCCUGAAGUGCUUGGACGUACUUAUCCCUAUUCUGAGGUUUGACACAGGCUAGUGCCGUAGGAACCGGCACCUUCUUUUCUUUCUUCUUCUUCUGGACUGGACUGGAACGAACACCUCGCCGCCCACCUACACACGUGCGCGCAUAUCAAACAACGAGCGAGCAUGGCGCGAUCGUCGUCAGAAAAGAGCAAGGCAGACCAAGGCGAAGAUGGCAGCGGAGACGGAGGCCAGACACCUCCGCAGCCCGUCGGGUUCUGGGACCCGCAGCUCCAGCCCGUCCGCCGCGCUGCGGUCAAGAAAUGGCUGCUCACGACCGCGGUGCUGAUGGCGCUGAUCUUGGGCGUGCUUUCUGUCUACUGGGCCGUGUUCAAGCACCUCCCGCGCAACCUCUCCUCCCUCGUCGUCUACGUCGUCGACAUGGACGGCGUCGCGCCCUACGACAACACCGGCCACGACCCCCUAGUAGGCAACACGAUAACGGCGCUCGCGCACGAAACCGUCGCGCAAGGCAACACGCUAGGCUUUGGAGUAAUGCCCGCUAGCGCCUUCAACAACGACCCCCUAGAAGUCCGGCGCGCCGUCUACAACUGGGACGCCUGGGCCGCCAUCAUCGUCAACCCCAACGCGACAGCGCUGCUGUACCAGGCCGUCGAGACCGGCAACGCCAGCUACGACCCCCUGGGCGCGUGCCAGUUCGUGUUCCAGGACGCGCGCGACGACACGACGUACUACGACUUCAUCCUACCGGUGACGACGGCGUUUAUGCGCGAGGCCGUCGCGCGCGUAGGGAUGCAAUGGGCAGGGCUCGCGCUCGCGAACGCGUCGACGCCCCAAGCCCUCGCGAACCUGCGCGCGGCGCCCCAGGCGCUGAGCCCUGGCAUCGGGUCCACUGAGUACAAUCUCCGCCCGUUCUGGCCCUACGAGGCCAUCCCCGCCGUCAGCAUCGGCCUGAUCUACCUGAUCAUCGUGUCCUUCUUCAGCUUCUCCUUCUACCUGCCCAUCCACAUGACGUAUCUGGCCGGGCGGGCACCGCUGCGCUUCCGGCAGCUGAUUCUGUGGCGCUGGGGCGCGACCAUGGUGGCGUAUUUCUUCCUGUCGCUGGCGUACUCGCUCAUCAGCCUGGCCUUCGGCAUCAAUUUCGGCGCGCGCAACCCCGUCACUAGCCACACGGAGCCGACGGACAUCGCGUUCGGCAACCCCAACGCUUACGGCCAUGCCUCGUUCGUCGUCUACUGGAUGCUCAAUUUCCUGGGCAUGGCGGCGCUGGGCCUGGCGUGCGAGAACGCGGCCAUGGCCGUCGGCCAGCCGUGGAUGGGCGUCUUCCUUAUCUUUUGGGUCAUCUCGAACGUCGCGACUGGCUUCUACGAUAUCGAUAUCGAGCCUGCGUUUUUCCGCUGGGGCUAUGCCUGGCCGCUGCAUAAUGUCGUCGAAGGCAGCCGCCAGAUCCUCUUCGACUUGCACUCCCGGCUCGGCCUGAAUUUCGGCAUCUUGAUCGCCUGGACAGUCGUCAAUACCGCCCUGUUCCCGUUCAUGUGCUACUGGAUGCGGUUCAAGAAACAGCGCGGGAUUAAAGAGUAUUGGGGCUAG